UUGACUACAGUGAAAAGAAAUAAUUACAACAGCUGAAAAUAAAGCCAAUUCCUCAGAGCAAAGAGAAAAGUUAAGGAUUUAUCAGAUAAAAAGAACUUCUGUGAUAACGGUCACUGAAGAAAUGAAUAUUUGUACUAUCAGGAGAUAAUUUGAUUGUUUACACACCACAAGAUACUUAUUUACAAAUAAUAAAUCAUUAAUUCUAUGUUAACUGCACCUUUAAGUUAUACCUGUAAAAAUGUCAUGUAAAGUUAAAAUAGAUUUUGAUCUAAAUGUUUAAAUUUUAAUAAGAGUCAAAAAUGAGGAAUACUUAUCUUUUCUAAAAGUUAAAUAAUACUAAAAGGAAUAUAAAUUAAAUUGGACUAUUGAACAGUGGAGACAUUAAUUAUAAGUAUUUUUAAAAAAUGUGAAAGUGAAAUAUAAGUUGGAUUUUAUUUUACAAAACUUCUAUCCUAAUAUGUUUUUAACAAAUUAUAUAUAUGAACUAUCAUGACAAAUUAAUUUUACCUAGAGGAUAGUUAUGAACGUGUCAAGUAACUGUGUGGAAUGGUGGUGUGAUGAACCUGAGACAUUACUGGCAUUAGAAAUUAUUAUCAUCAUUCUCUGUUUAAUUGGAAGUGGUGGAAAUAUUCUAACUGUGCUAGCCAUCUGUUUCUCCAGUUUACGUUUCAAUAUAAACUGUGUUCUAAUUGGAAGUUUAAGUUUUGCUGGAAUUUUAUACUGUUGUUUGAUCCUACCAUUAGAAGUUGUGACAUUUCACAGACAAAAUCAUUCAGUUCCGCCAUUAUUCUGUAAUGCCGUCGGAGGAAUUCGAUACACACUUGUGGGUGUUAUUGUGAUACAUUUAGGAAUAAUUGCACUGUAUCGGUACCUUAAUGUUGUACAUUUGGCACAGUAUCAAAAACUUUCCAAGACAAAACCUUUGAUAAUAACAAUUGCUAUUGGGUGGUUACUGCCACUUGUGUUUACAAUGCCGGCUUCAUUCCAAGUCUGGGGUGGAUAUACGUAUGUUCCUGCCAUUUUAGCCUGUACGUUCGAUAGAGACAUAGAACAAUCAAACAGAAUUGUCACUGUAUCACUAGGUUUUAUAGUACCAUGUAUUUUCAUAAUAUUCUGUUAUGCUAGAAUAGGAAUCAGAGCAUAUGGAAGCUCAAAACGUGCAAAAAGCACGUCUCUCAUGAAAGCUUUGCGUCUUUCUGCAAUGAUGUUGUGUAUAUUUGCAGCAUAUUUUGUUGGGACAUUUCCUUAUUUCAUUGUCAAUAUUCAUGACCAAUCAUUUUCUAAACCUGUCCAUCAUAUCUGGACAACAUUCUUAGGAUGGACACUUUACUGUAUAAAUCCUAUAGUGUAUACAGUUAUGGAUUUAAAAUUCCGCAGAGCCUAUAAACAACUUCUCUUGUGUAAAUGUGAAAAAAAUCCUGUAAGAAGGGUAGCUUCAGGUAUAAGUACAAGAGUGUAAUAUUAAAUGUUUCUGUAUUUCUUUA